GCCGGUUUAACUUUAUUAAUGCACGUUUCGCUGACAGAAAUGGCAGUUACGUUGAUUUCUUUACAGUUUAGAGAUUUUCUUACGUUUUUCGUUUUUUGGGGAGUGUUAGUCAGUGCUAAAUAUCAACCAAACAUUGUGCUAAUUGUUGCCGAUGACCUGGGUUGGAAUGAUGUGGGGUUCCAUGGGUCGGACCAAAUUCCGACCCCCAACAUCGACGCUUUGGCGUACAAUGGGAUAGUGCUGAACCGAUUUUACGUCCAGUCGACGUGCACUCCGUCCCGUAGCGCUCUACUAACCGGCCAGUAUCCAAUUCGCUACGGUUUCCAGGGAUGGCCGCUCAGAAACGGCGAAAACAGAUACUUGCCGACGCACCUGAGGACGCUCCCAGACCAUUUGAAAGGCUUGGGGUACACGACGAGCUUAGUGGGAAAAUGGCAUCUCGGAUUCUCGUAUUGGUACAACACGCCGAUUUACCGCGGGUUUGAUACGCAUUUCGGAUAUUGGACAGGUCACAUCGACUACUUUAAUCAUACCUCUGAUGGAGGCUUUGCAAUGCGUCGCAAUCGACACGUGGCGUGGGAGACUCAAAACAAUUAUGCCACGCAAUUGUUCACCCAAGUAUCCCAAGAAACGAUUAUGAAGCACGAUUACGCCAAACCCCUAUUCCUGAUGGUGUCUCACUUAGCCGUUCAUGCAGCCGAUCGGAACCAACUGUUGGAGGUACCCGAUUUGGUCGAAACCAAUAAAACGUUUGGGUACAUUACGGACUACAGAAGGCGGUUGUUUGCUGGAAUGCUUGCGGAACUUGACAAGUCGGUCGGUGCGAUCUGCAGGACGUUGCAAGAUAGGGGUGUCUUCGACAAUACCAUCAUUCUAUUUUUGUCUGAUAAUGGCGCCCAAAACACGGGCACUAGAUUUGAUAAUUCAGGAUCCAAUUGGCCUUUACGCGGAAUGAAAGCAACACUGUACGAAGGAGGGGUGCGCGUCCCUGCUGUAUUAUACUACGGUAAACUAAAAACAAAUGCUACCAUCAACAACCAACUUAUGCACAUAACUGACUUGUUACCAACUUUGUACGCCGCCGCUGGUGGAAACACCAGAGAUUUGGGUACCAUAGACGGCGUCGAUCAAUGGCCUACAAUCAGUGGUGGUAGCAAAUCACCUCGUUCGAGUGCCCUAUUAGAUAUAAACGAAGUUGCUCUACAUUCCGCUGUGAUCUCGCAUGGAGGUCGUUACAAACUGGUGAAUGGUUCUGUUUUAAAUCCAACCUUUGGACGCGACGGAUACUACGGUUAUGACACAAGUUUAACCAACAACCCUCCUUACGAUGCGGACCUGGUACUGGACAGCGAGACCAAUAGAGUAAUCGACAAGGGGUUGACGAAGAAGAAGCUAUUUCAAACUCGGAAGAAAGUCACGAUCGCUUGCGACCAUGGAGGCGGAGAGUCGGUGUCGCGUGAGGACACCCUUUUCUUGUUUGAUUUGGAGAAUGAUCCUUGUGAGACCAAGAAUUUAGCGGACAAGCUGCCAAAUAUUGUCGCCGAUUUGAGCGCGCAGCUAUUGUGGUAUUGGGAAGUGCUACAACCUCAGCAUUGUCAGGAACCCGAUCCGAACUCUAAUCCGAUCUAUUACAACAAUACGUGGGUUCCGUGGAUGGAGCAACGCCCAACAUGAUCUGCUGUCAUUAUGUAUUUAAAAAUCAUAAUAAAUAUAAUC